CGCUGAGUAACAGCACAGAUGUGGCUCAUCUGCGGAAGAUGGAGGCAGAGGAGAAAAGCGCUGGGCCGGGGCGCGGAGCGGCAGGUGGUCAGUGAUGCUUGCACGCCCGCCCGCUGGGUCUUCUCUUCCCUCCUAUCCCACCCAAGCCGCGGCGGGCUGCCCUCCGCAGGGCGAUGCCCUCACCUUUCCCUCGGCGCCGGUGCCUGCCUGGCGACUUCUCCCCGUCGGUGGACUCGCGGCCCUGCAGCAGCCCCUGCGAGCUCCCGGGGCCGACAGGGAAGCUCUUCCUGGGGGGCACCCCACCCCGGGCCCUGCGCCUUCCUCGCCGGCUGGCCUGGUGCUCAAUAGACUGGGAACAGGUGUGCCUGCUGCAGCGGCUGGGAGCCGGGGGCUUCGGCUCGGUAUACAAGGCCACCUACCACGGCGUGCCUGUGGCCAUCAAACAGGUGAGCAGAUGCACCAAGAACCGGCUGGCAUCCCAGCGCAGUUUCUGGGCCGAGCUCAACAUCGCUCGGCUCCGCCACGCCAAUAUCGUGCGCGUGGUGGCCGCCAGCACGCGCACACCCGCGGCCUUUGACAGCCUGGGCAGCAUCAUCAUGGAGUUCGGCGGCAACGUCACCUUACACCAGGUCAUCUACGGCGCUACGGGCUGUCCAGAGGAGGAUGGGCCUCCCUGCAGUGCUGGGGAGCAACUGAACUUGGAGAAGUGUCUCAAGUAUUCCCUGGAUGUGGUCAGUGGCCUGCUUUUCCUGCACUCCCAAGGCAUUGUGCACUUGGACCUGAAGCCAGCGAACAUUCUGAUCAGUGAGCAGGACGUCUGCAAAAUCAGCGACUUUGGUUGCUCCGAGAGGCUGGAAGAUCUGCGCUUCCGGCCUCGGCACCACCUGGGCGGCACGUACACCCACCGAGCCCCCGAGCUCCUCAAAGGCGAGCCCGUCACCCCAAAAGCGGACAUCUACUCCUUUGCCAUCACCCUCUGGCAGAUGACCACUAGGCAGGUGCCUUACUCAGGGGAGCGUCAGCACGUGCUCUACGCGGUGGUGGCCUACAAUCUCCGUCCGUCCCUCUCGGCGGCGGUCUUCACCGAGUCCGUCCCUGGGAAGAAACUGGAGGACAUCAUCCAGUGCGGCUGGACGGCCCCUGCGCAGCAGCGGCCCAGCGCACAACUCCUCCUGCUGGACCUUCGCGCUCUACAAGCUGAACUGGGCUGACCCGAAACGUGUGGCCGGAUAAGCAUUUGUCUUUGUUGCUGUUCAUUUUUAACAAGAGAAGAUGUAGGCAAAAAAAAAAAAACAAAAACAAAAACAAAAAACAUAGAGGUAGGAUGGAUUUUUAGAAAAUAAAGUUACCAAAAACUCCUUUCACCCCAAAUGCUUUUCCUAAGACAAACAGCAGAACUAGAAAUCUAGUGGUGUCUCUCCUUCUCCCUUUACAGAGCUCUGUGUUUGCUUCAGAGCUACUGUGCUUCCUUGCAGUUCCAUAGUACUGCACUUAACUCAAAUUUGUUAUUGGUCUGUUAACAGUUUACUUGCUCCCGUACAAAUAAGCUAAAAAACAAAGAUUAAUUUUUCCCUCCUGCUCUUCCCCCAAAACUACUUGUUUCUAAUGAUCUUCACACAUACAGUUCGCAAGUUGAGGUAAGCUUGUUUUUAAAAGGAAUGAUACUUUAAAUGAU